UCGAACUUAUCAGAUUCAGAGAGUAAGAGUACGAUGGAUCUUCUCCUUUUGCUCACUGUGCUCCACCUUGCGCGCACGGUGGCUUCCCUGGUGCGCGCCGUCGUCGCCCGUCGCCGGCAGUCGCAGUGCUACCUCCUGGACUAUGUCUGCUACAAGCCAUGUGACGGCCGCAAGGUGAGCACGGAGAUGGCCGGCCAUGUUAUCGAGCGUAACCAGCGCCUGGGCCUCCCCGAGUACCGCUUCCUCCUCCGGGUCAUGGUCCGCUCCGGCAUCGGCGAGGAGAGCUACUGCCCGCGCAACAUCCUCGAGGGCCGCGAGGACACGCCCACCCACCAGGACGCGCUCGACGAGAUGGACGCCUUCUUCGACGCGGCCGUCGCCAAGCUCUUCCACAAGACCGGCCUUGGGCCACGCGACGUGGACGUGCUCGUCGUCAACGUCUCCAUGUUCUCCCGGGCGCCGUCGCUCGCCUCCCGGAUCGUGGGACGCUUCGGCAUGCGCGAGGACGUCGCCGCCUUCAACCUCUCCGGCAUGGGGUGCAGCGCCGGUUUUGUCUCGCUGGACCUCGCGCGCAACGCGCUGCGGACGCGGGCGACGUCCGUAGCCCUCGUGGUCUCCACCGAGUCCAUCGCCCCCAACUGGUACGCCGGCACGGACAGGUCCAUGAUGAUGGGCAACUGCCUGUUCCGCUGCGGGGGCUCGGCGGCGCUGCUCACCAACGACCCGUCGCUCGGCCGGCGGGCCAAGAUGGCGCUUCGCCACCUCGUGCGCGAGAACACCGCCGGCGACGAGGAGGCGCACACGUGCGCGCUGCAGCGCGAGGACGGCGACGGGCGCGUCGGGAUCAGCCUCAGCAAGGCUUUGCCCAGGGUCGCUGGCCGGGCGUUGACCCUGAACCUGGGCCGCCUCGCGCCGCGGAUCCUGCCCGUGUCCGAGCUCGCGCGGUUCGCUGCCGGGACCAUGCGCAAGAAGCUUCUCUCCCGUGGCCGCGUGAAGCACGGCGGUCCGAAGAUAAACUUCAAGACCGGCGUGGAGCACUUCUGCAUCCACCCAGGCGGCACCGCGGUCGUGGAGGGAGUAAAGGGGAGCCUCGGCCUCAAUGCCAGUGACGUGGAGCCAGCGCUGAUGACUCUGCACCGGUGGGGGAACACGUCGGCGAGCAGCCUGUGGUACGUUCUGUCCUACAUGGAGGCGAAGCAGAGGCUCAAGAGAGGGGACAGGGUACUCAUGCUCACGUUCGGUUCGGGGUUUAAGUGCAACAGCUGCCUGUGGGAGGUGAAGGGUUACAUGGCCGACAAGGGCGUCUGGGCGCAGUGCAUCAAUGAGUACCCGCCGGAGUGCAUCACAAACCCGUACGCGGACAAGUAUAGCUGGGUUAACGAUGUUCAAGGUGACACCAUCGUCUUUUAGAUUUCAGUAUGCUGUUGCAUGCACACUGUCGACUUAAUAAAAGCGUAGAGUGUCCGGUUA